AUGGAGAACCUGAGGGCCACCGAGAACGAUGAUUUCGAUAUAAUUUUCGGAUCGGGAACAACACACAUCUACGAGAUUGCCCACAGUAACAUCCUUACGCUGCCGCGGAUCAGCAACGAGUAUGAGAUAACCGUGAAGGCCAUUGGAGUGCACCUGGAGCGCAUCGACAAUGGCACGUUCGAGAAAAUCAAAGACCUGGAUCUGUCCUACAAUCGCCUGCAGGUGUUUUCACCAUUCGCAGUCCAACAACCCGAGUUGUUGCUGCAUCUAAAACUAAAAGGCAACCCCAGCUUGAAGGACUUGACGUUUGUGCGAUCGUUUGAAGCACUGGAAACACUGGACCUGUCGGAGAUGGAGCUAGAAACGGAACGAAUCGAUUUCAAAGCGUUUGCCAAAAUGAAGGGUCUAAGAAAACUGAACCUCAGCCGCAACCGCAUCGCGUACCUUCCGGCCGGAGCCUUCGCAGUUCGACGCAAACGCUGGAUUUCGAUUGACCUCAGCGACAACUUUAUCACCCAGCUCGCCACGGGAGUAUUUAACAACUCGAUCGGAUUGCUCGAUCUGUCACACAAUGCCGUCGGGGUGGUAGAGAAAAAAACCUUCCGCAAUGUGAACAGUGUCAAUCUGCAGAACAACUCUCUCCAGACGGUCGAUGCGAAAGCGUUCGAAAAUGUUAAACAUUUAAAUUUGGCCGGCAACGGGAUGCUGAAGAACUUUGAGUUUCUGCACCACCUGCCGAUGCUGACGUCGCUCAACAUGUCGCGGAUGAGUUUUAGAUUUUUACCGACGGAUAAGACGUUUUUUGCGCACGUCGGCAACCUCAAUACGCUCGAUUUGUCCAACAAUCUAAUCGACGACCUACCGCUGGAUGUGUUUGCCAAUCUUACCCGACUGAUUUCGCUCGACCUGUCCAACAAUACGGAAAGCCGAUUGAUCUACCGCUGA